AUGAAUCGAACGGCGGCGAAUCGCCUCUUUCACAGCGCCACUCUUAUUACCAAUAGCGGCGGAGGCCGCCUUCUUCGAUUUCCUAACCUCAGAACCGUCAUUAGCUCUUCACUGUUUUCCACUACUGUAGACCCACAACCGUUCCCUAAUCAGACCCUCAAUCCACCUGAUUCUUCCAUGGUAUCAUCGUCAACGAGUUCGUCGACAUCAUCAACAUCUGGGGAUGGUCUACGUGACAAGAGAAAAAAUACAAGAGCUCCGUACGAGGAGGAGCAAGCUCGGGUGCUGCCCGCCUCACUACGACACGUCGUGAGAUUGGGAUGGAGCGCAGAAGUGAUGGUAGUAGGAGCAAAAGAAGUUGGGGUUUCUCCUUCAAUUGUUGGAUCUUUCCCCCGAAAAGAAGCAGCCCUGGUUGAGGUUUGUCUUAUGAUUGCAUGGUGUCAUGUUUCUCUCGUCCACGGCAAUGGGUUAAUCAAAUUCAAUCUGAAAUUCUUCAUGGAUGACUAUUGCGGCACCAACGCAACAAACCACAGCAAUUCUGAAACAAUUUCUAUUCGAAUGAAAUGUAGGAGCCUAGAAAGGAUGUAA